AUAUGAUAAUCUCAUCAUAAUCUAAUAAAUUACAAAAAUUGAGUAUAAAUCAUACAUUUUUACAAUAAAAUUCAUACAUUUUUACAGUAAAAAUGGUUAGAUUUCUUCCAUUUUUGUAUUAUUGUUUCUUCGCUAUUACACUGACACUGUCUUUAAGUUGUCAAGCCGCCAACGACAAGUGGGUGACGGAUGCCCAUGCCACAUUUUAUGGUGAUAUGAAAGGAGGCGAGACUAUGUAUGGUGCUUGUGGGUAUAAAGAUCUAUAUACACAAGGUUACGGCCUUGAAACAGCAGCAUUAAGCACAGCGUUAUUCAACAAUGGAUCGGCAUGUGGAUCAUGUUAUGAAAUACAAUGCAUAAACUCCAAAUGGUGCAAACCCAACAAAAAUACUAUUAAGAUCACUGCCACAAACUUUUGCCCUCCUAACUACACAAAAACAGUCGAUAUUUGGUGUAAUCCUCCUCAAAAACACUUCGAUUUAUCACUUAAGAUGUUCUUAACAAUUGCGGAAUACAAAGCCGGGAUUGUUCCUGUACGAUUUCGCCGAGUUCCUUGUGUUAGGAAGGGUGGCUUGAAAUUCCUACUACAAGGGAAUCAAGGUUGGUACCUUGUACUAGUGUUUAAUGUUGGAGGUGUUGGAAAUGUUGUUGAUGUUAAGAUUAAGCCGUCUAAUUCCAGAAUUUGGAUGCAAAUGACGCGUAAUUGGGGGCAAAAUUGGCAAUUUACGCGAAAUUUGAUAGGCCAAAGUUUGUCAUUCCAAGUGACAACUAGUGAUGGUAAAAUGGUGCAGUCCGAUAACGUCGUACCGGCUAAUUGGCAAUUUGGCCAAACAUUUGAAGGCAGCAAAAACUUCUAAUGAACAUAAUUAAGUAUGAAUGAUUGUUCUUAAUCAAAUUAAUAUUUGGCGUACACAUUCAACGGAAUGCCAUAAUAUAUUGUACGGAGUAAAAGAGAUCGGAAGUUCGACCUAUAAGAUAGAUUUUUUUUGGUGGAAAUUAUAGUAUGCAAAUUCCAGUUUGGCAUCCACGGCGUUUGUAUUGUUUUUCAUAAGAUAGCCAUUUCCCCUUUUUAGUUUCUUUCAUGGAGCAAUAAUUACAAAGUUAUUGUCUUUUUGAUCUCUAAUGUAAUAUCGAUGACAAAUUCAUAAGCAUCGAGGUGCACCAUACAAGUAGGUAUGGGAGUUGGCUUGAAACAUAUCCAAUUUUAUCUCUUAAUUAGAAUCACUGAUAAUUUGAAACUUCCCUUUGUGUCAAUAAUACAUUCUAAGGCCUUUUGUAACACCAAAAAUCUCGGCAAAGUAGAAUGAAAGUGUUACGUACACCGGAUUUAUUAUAACACCAUUUUCCUUG